AUGAAAAAAAAAAGUGAAAUAUUAGUAAAAACAUUUGAUUUAUUUAUUAAUCAAGUGAUCGAGUAUAUUAAAUCUUAUUAUGAUGAUUAUAGUGAAUUUUAUGAAAAAUUAUCAUAUUUUAGCGCUCAAUCAUUUAAAUUUCUUACUUGGAAAAAUAUUAUCGACGUUCUUAAUAUGAUUGAUAUAGAUGAUUUAGAUAAAGAUAAAUUAUAUAGUGAAUUUUACGAUAUAAAAUCUUUGUAUUAUAAUUUGAAGACAAAAAAUAUUAAAUUAAAUGAUCAAAUAAAAUCAUAUUUUUCCAGUAAAACAAAUGAAUUUCGUGCAUCAAAUUUUACAAAUCAAAAUUUUGUACAUGAUAAUUCUGAUUCGAAUGAUGAAGGAACUAUUUCAUUAUCAAACAAGAAAGAUGAAGACUUCAUUAAAUCUCAUGAAUUAUGGGCGUAUAUCUUAAAUACCAGUCCAAAUGCAACACCAAAUUUUAAAAAAAUGAUUUGUUAUAUUUUUUCCAUUCCAUGUUCAAAUUCUUUUGUAGAAUCUAUUUUCAGCAAUAUGAAACACUGCUGGAACGAUUAUCGGAAUCGUAUGGAUAUUGAACUAAUCAGUUCUGAACUUAAAAUACGAAUGAAUAGUAAUUAUUAUUGUAAUCAAUUCUAUAAACGUAUAUUAACUGAAACACAAUUGUUAAAACAAAUUCGACAAAAUGCAAAGUAUUAA